AUGGCCAUCUGUCUCGAAACCUGGAGUGAAUCUGCCAUGAAGCAGAUCCUUCUACCUGGUGAACAGCAUACCCACCCAAAGAGGCAGCGCAACACGAUACCGAUCUGUGUCGACGGCUUGAUCUCUGACUUCGACGACGGGUUCAAACAAAGCAAUAUACGGGAAGCCUCUCAUGACGACAUCGGCUACUCCCUACGCUCCUGUGUUCCUUGUCUCAUGAUUUCCUGGCCCUAUCGUUUCGAUGCUCUUGCCGCUGGGAUCAGUGAGCGCGACUUCUGGUUGCAAGGCGACGCGGCACUGAUGAUCAUCCUCGAGCCUAGCAGAGAAUACUGGUAUUAUCACGUAGGGAACCGGACACAGAUGAUAGUACCGCUGCCUAAGAUACGCCAGCUGAAUUCAAGGCUCGCCAAGCUACGGCGAAAGAUUGCCGACCGUUCCCCUGACUUUGCGGCACAGGCGACAUUGCGUACGAAGUACAUGGCGCUUAUCGGGGCCAAGGGCUUUACCACCGCGUGGCUAAACGACCUACCAACUCAGGGGGUUGCUCGGGGCUGUGAGCUCAUUUAUGGCUCCCAUCUGAAGUUUGCUGGCAAUGUCCAGAUUGUCAGCGAUAAUCUCACGGACCUACAGGCUCUGUUGGCCUCACUUGCCAAUAAGCAUACGAUCAAAAAGAUGGAGAGCUGCAUGAAAGAAUACACUGUCAUGACUUUCAACCUUUCCAUGACUGCCAUGAUACCAGAAGGGAUGGAGUGUGCCGUACGCGCCUGCACAGGUGAAGAGGCGAAAAUGGUGCAAAUGAAGCACUGCUGGUGUACCACCGAUCGCCAAAGCAAGUUCCCUCUGACCUGCUUCGAGACUGGCUGCAACAGCCACAUCCCCCUACCGAACCUCAUUGAGAAUCUCGAAGUCGGUGAGCUUCUCGACCUCGCGAAAGAGGCACUUCAGAUGCAGACGAGAUAG